CCCCCCGCCGCGGCCCCCGCGCCCCCCGCGCCCUCCGCGCCGCCACCCCCACGGGCUCGGGAGAGCGCCGAGCUGCCGCUGCCCGCCGGCUGGGAGGAGGCGCGCGACUACGACGGCCGCGUCUUCUACAUCGACCACAACACGCGCCAGACGUCGUGGAUCGACCCCCGCGACCGGAUAACAAAGCCAUUGACCUUUGCCGACUGUGUUGGGGAUGAACUUCCUUUAGGAUGGGAAACUGUAUAUGAUAAACAAAUUGGAAUUUAUUACAUGGACCACAUAAAUAAGCUUACCCAGAUUGAGGAUCCCAGAGAACAGUGGAGGCGGGAGCAGGAACGGAUGCUGAAGGAGUAUUUAAUUGUAGCCCAGGAGGCCCUCAACGCCAAGAAAGAAAUCUACCAGAUUAAGCAGCAGCGUUUCGAGCUGGCCCAGGAGGAAUACCAGCAGCUGCACAAGAUGUGCGAGGAUGACGGCCGCUCGUACGCCAGCUCCUUCUUUGGAUAUUCAACAAAUACAAAGUACGACCCAUACCAAAUUAAAGCAGAAAUAGCAAGUCGUCGGGAUAGGCUUUCCAGAUUAAAACGAGAGCUGACCCAGAUGAAGCAAGAACUGCAGUACAAAGAAAAGGGGGUGGAGACCCUGCAAGAGAUUGAUCGUAAGAUGUCAAGUGCUCACACCAAUUACAAACUGGAUGAGGCUCAGGCUAUAAUGAGCGAGCUCAGGACCAUCAAGAAAGCCAUUUGUACAGGCGAGAAGGAGAGGCGGGAUCUGAUGCAAAGCCUGGCUAAGCUGACUGAUGGCUUCAGGAAUAGCUGUUCUCUUACCGACCCUCUGCAAGAGUUCCCUCCCAGUGCAGGCGCGCUGGGCGAGUCUUUACCUCACCAGUUCUGCGAUGCUGGGUCUCAGACUGAGGUCAUCGGCGAGUUCGUCUUUGAUGAUAAAACAAGGCUUGUGGACCGAGUCAGGCUUAACUGGCAGUAUGAGGAAGCCAGAAAGAGAGUCUCAAGUAUCCAGAGGCAGCUGGCCCAGUUUGAGAGCGAGUCCUGGCCGGGCAUGGCCGAGGCCGACAGGGACCGGCUGCAGCUCAUCAAGGAGAAGGAGGCCCUGCUUCAGGAGCUGCAGCUCAUCAUCCAGCAGAGGAGGCCGGCGGAGGACGUGGCCCGGCUGGAGGAGGAGCGGCGGCGCCUGGAGGAGGAGCUCCAGCGCUCCCGGGCCACAUCCGUGCAGGGUGCCACGGAAAGGAUUCUACUUCAGGAAAAAAGAAACUGUCUCCUGAUGCAGCUGGAAGAAGCCACCCGCAUAACGUCCUAUCUCCAGUCCCAGUUACAAAGCCUGUCCGCCAGCACCCUGACCAUCUCCUCGGGGAGCAGCCGCGGCUCCCUGGCCUCCAGCCGGGGCUCGCUGGCCUCCAGCCCGGGCUCCCUGAGCUCUGUCAGCUUCACCGACAUCUACGGCCUCCCGCAGUACGAGAAGCCCGACGCCGAGGGCGGCCCGCUCCUGCGCUUCGACCUCGUCCCCUUCGACUCCCUGGGCCGGGACGUCCCCUUGGCGGACGCCCCGGGCCCCGCGGGCCUCCACAAACAGAGGCGCUCCCUGGACACGCCGCAGUCCCUGGCGUCCCUGUCCUCGCGCUCCUCGCUGUCCUCGCUGUCCCCGCCCAGCUCGCCCUUGGACACGCCCUUCCUCCCGGCCUCACGAGACUCGCCCCUGGCGCAGCUCGGGGACGCCUUCGAGGUGGCGGGCGUGGGCGCCCUGGACAGGCUGCGCGCUCAGGCCUCCACCGUGGGGGACGAAGACCCGCCGGGCGCGGCGUCCCUGCCGCCGCACGGGUGCCCCGGGGACGGGGAAGGACCUCACGAGCGAGGACCGCAAGCGGCUGCCGCUCCCACGGCUGCAACAGCGACCCCCCGAGAAGACAGCGCCCAGAGGCUGGAGCGGAGAGCGCGCUGCGUGUCCGCCUGCCUGUCCGAUUACUCGCUGGCCAGCGACAGCGGCGUGUUUGAACCUCCCACCAAGAGGAGUGAGGAUGCUGACGAGCCUGCGCGUGGAGACGCUUGCGGUAACGAGGGGCCCCAGAUCCAUGUUGGAUUUUUGCACGACAGUGCCAGCGAGUGUCUCCUCGUGAACGUGCUCCAACUGAAGAACUUUGCCGGGCUGGUGGUGAAGGAAGACUGCAAAAUACACAUCCGCGUCUAUUUGCCCCCGCUUGACUCCGGCACGCCAAACACUUACUGCUCUAAGGCUCUGGAAUUGCAAGCCCCCUUGAUAUUUAAUGAAGUUUUCAGAAUCCCUGUGCAUUCAAGCAUGGUGACGUUGAAGUCCCUUCAGUUAUACGUGUGCUCAGUGAAUCCGCAGCUGCAGGAAGAACUGCUGGGCAUUGCUCAGAUUAACUUGGCUGAUUACGAUGGUUCGAGCGAGAUGCAGCUGCGCUGGUACUCGGUGCAGGUGUUCACCGGCCCCGAGCCCCCCCGGCGGGAGGAUGAGCGGCUGGGACACAGCGACUCCCGGGACCCUGCGCCCGCCACGUCUGGAAAGACAGACGCGGUGACAGUGCUGCUGGCGAGAACCACGGCCCAGCUGCAGGCGGUGGAGAGAGAGCUGGCCGAGGAGCGGGUGAAGCUGGAAUACACGGAGGAGGAGGUCGUGGAGAUGGAGCGCAGGGCGGAGCAGGCCGAGGCUGUGUCCGAGAGGAGUUGGCAAGCCGACUCGCUGGACAGUGGCUGUAGCAGCUGCGCCCAGACCAGCCCCCCACACCCAGAGCCCUGCUGCGUUGGUGUCAGCUCCAUCCAUGGACACACGUUUGCUGGCCAGGCAGACCCUUACGGCCCGGAGAAACUUCAGCCCCCACCUCUGAAGGUUGAUAAGGAAACCAACACAGAAGAUCUCUUCCCGGAAGAGGUGGCGAGUCUGCCGAAGGAGAGGCCUGGCCGCAGGGCCCGCGGCUCGCCCUUCACGCGGAGCAGCACCAUUGUCCGUUCCCAGACUUUCUCGCCCGGAGCGCGAAGCCAGUACGUUUGCAGACUUUAUCGUAGUGACAGUGACAGUUCAACGCUGCCCCGGAAGUCCCCCUUUGUCCGAAACACUUUGGAAAGACGAACCCUUCGCUAUAAGCAGCCCUGCAGGUGCUCCCUGGCGGCGCUGGCGGCGCGCACGUCCCUGGACCUGGAGCUGGACCUCCAGGCGUCGCGGACGCGGCAGCGGCAGCUGAACGAGGAGCUGUGCGCCCUGCGCGAGCUGCGCCAGCGCCUGGAGGACGCCCAGCUCCGCGGCCACGCCGACCUCCCGGUGCCCGGAACUGGCAGGGGCUUCCAUCGCUCUUCCUUAAAACUGGAAGCAAACCCUUCUGUUCACCCCGCGUUGCUGUUCCAGACGAGACAGACCAAACUUGACUUCCAUCAAGAACAGGCAGCUGAGAAGACGCUGAAGAAGGCCUCCAGAGGGGCGUGCCAGCUGCGCGGGCGGAACCUCAGAGAGCCGGUCCAGGUGCAGGCGUUCAGGGAGAAGAUAGCAUUUUUUACAAGACCAAGGAUUAACGUACCUCCUCUGCCCGCCGACGAUGUUUGA